AUGAAGCUCGUCUAUGUUGUAGCUGCAAGCGUCAGCUUCUGUGAAUACGCGUACGGGCAACAAGCUGCUUGGGCUCAAUGCGGCGGCAUCGGACACAGCGGCGGAACCACUUGCAUCUCCGGGUAUUAUUGCCGAUACCAGAACGAUUGGUAUUCGCAAUGUGUCCCAGGAAGCGCGCCAGGAACCACCUCCCAAACACCGCCACAGUCUUCGACGACUCUCCAAACAUCGAUAACCAUUCCCGGCGGAAGCCCCAUCACCAGUACUGCCACGGCACCGGGAGGUGGUAACACGGCCUGUCCUGCUCUACCCAAUGGACUUGGGACGUCUAGCUCCGUGCUUCCUGACCCUUUCACAUUCCAAAAUGGCGCCAAAGUCGCAUCGAAGGCAGACUGGUCUUGUCGCCAGGCUGAGAUCAGUUCCCAGCUUCAGCGUCUCGAGCUUGGAACUUUGCCCCCCAAGCCUCAGUCCCUCACUGCUUCUUACUCUGGCAACAAGCUCACCAUCAACAUCUCCGACGGCGGCAAGUCGAUCUCUUUUGCCGUCACGAUCUCAAAGCCGAGUGGCAAUAGCGUCCCGGCCAUCAUCGCAUAUGGAGCCGCGAGCAUCCCCGUUCCUUCCAACGUCGGAACCAUUACAUUCAACAACGAUGAGAUUGCUCAACAACAAGGAGGCGGGUCUCGAGGGAAGGGGAAGUUCUACGACCUAUAUGGAAGCGGACACAGCGCCGGUGCCCUAAUGGCGUGGGCUUGGGCAGUCUCCCGCAUCAUUGAUGCCCUCGAACUCACACCGUCCGUGGGAAUCGACCUAUCUCGUCUGGGAGUGACGGGAUGCUCUCGCAACGGGAAAGGAGCUUUCGUCGCCGGCGCCUUUGAUUCACGCAUUGCCCUCACUCUACCCCAGGAAUCUGGAGCCGGCGGUGCCGGAUGUUGGCGUAUCGCUGACUGGCAAAACCGCAACGGCUUCAGCGUACAAGAUGCCAAGCAGAUCGUCACCGAGAAUCCGUGGUUCAGCCCAAACUUCAAUCAGUACACAAGCAACGUCAACCAGCUGCCUUUCGACCACCACAUGCUUGCGGGCUUGAUUGCACCAAGGCCAAUUUACAUCAUGGAGAACCCGGACUAUGAGUGGCUCGGUACGAUGAGCACGUACGGCUGCAUGGGAGGCGCCAGGAAGCAGUGGCAGGCGUUGGGUUCUCUCGAUACCUUUGGCUAUAGCCAGGUCGGCGGCCAUGCGCACUGCAGCUUCCCAAGCUCCCAGCAGGCUGAACUAUCUGCUUUCAUCAACAAGUUCCUUUUGAAGACUUCUGGGGGGUCGACGAGUAUCUACAGAACGGACCAGACGUACAACAACUUCAAUGUUGAUAGCUGGUCGCCGUGGUCGGUGCCGACGCUGUCUUGA